AUGAAAGAUGAGAUCGAUGUGCUCAAUAACCUUGGCGUGUUACAGAACCAAAAGAUAAAUGUCAUCCCAAUUAUUAAAAAGAUUUCUGCAUCACUUACCGGAUUAUCUAAUACCACCUAUCUGAUGCCCGAACCAAUCAGAAUACCAGACAUGAUGCUAAUGUUUUUUCCAGCUCUCAAAGUAUUUUUGGAUGUAAUUAACUGUUUCUCGAUUCAUCAACUUAAGAUGAUGCUAAAGCUGUUUAAUGACUCCCCUCACAAACAACGGGAUAUCUUCAAAAUCAUCAAGAAGAUCCGAUCUCCUGAAAGGCCCAAGCAAAAGAAUUUUCAGGAAAGAUGUUAG